GUGCAGAAAAGAAUAUGAUAUUAUACACGGACUGAUUCUGCUCAACUCGUCUUCGCUCAUCAACUUUGCCAAAUUCGGACUCUCCGUCCAGCCUACUCCUCCAUCUUGUAACCGUAAGAGCGUGUGUUCAACGAGGAGGGAGAGAAUUUAAAGGAAAAAAAAUGGUGCGUAAGCGAUUGCUGCUGCUGUUAAAGCCAUUCGAUGUGUACCCAUCUCAUGAAUCCAUCGCCUGCUCCGCCUUCUCCUCCAACUGCAAUAAGAUGUUGAAGGUAUUGCGAUAUCUAGAUGACAGGAGGUUGGUUCACAAAAAUGCAAUAAGCUUCUGUCAGAAUAUUUUGAAGAAAAAAGCUGUUGACUGGAAAACUGUUUUCCGGAAUGAUCUUUCUCAGUCAAUCCGUGGUGUUGAUCUGGUCAUUUCAGUCGGAGGUGAUGGCACACUGCUACGGGCAAGCCAUUUCAUGGAUGAUUCUGUUCCAGUUCUAGGAGUGAAUUCUGAUCCCACCCAACAGGAAGAGGUGGAAGAAUUCUGUGAAGAAUUUGAUGCUACAAGGAGCACUGGUUAUCUUUGUGCAGCAACAACCAACAACUUUGAACGACUAUUAGAUGACAUCCUUGAGAAUCGCAGUGAACCUUCUGAAGUAUCUAGGAUGGCUAUUAGUGUCAACUCAAAGCUGAUUUCAACUUUUGCUCUAAAUGACAUUCUAGUCGCACAUCCAUGUCCUGCAACAGUUUCUCGAUUCUCAUUCAGGAUCAGGAAAGAUGGAGCAUCUCGAACUUCUUUACUAAAUUGUAAAUCAAGUGGGUUAAGGGUCUCGACAGCUGCUGGAUCAACAGCUGCAAUGCUCUCAGCAGGUGGAUUUACGAUGCCCAUCUUGUCCAAGGAACUCCAAUACAUGGUAAGGGAGCCCAUUUCUCCAGGGACUAGUGCUCAUUCGAUGCACGGACUUGUGAAAUUUGAAGAGACAAUGGAUAUUACUUGGUUUGGUAGAGAGGGAAACAUAUAUAUUGAUGGUUCCCAUGUUGUUCAUUCGAUUCAACAUGGAGAUACGAUUGGACUCUCUUCCAAGGCUCCAACGUUAAAAGUGUAUUUGCCUAGCCACUCGUUAUGACAAUCUGUACAUAUCAUGUGUAUUCAUUAACUCACUUUACCUCGAGAUUUGGGUGUUGUUCUUUUAUUACAUAAUUAGAUUAUACAUUUCAAUUUUAA